CUUCGAUACAGACAAAACAUUAUUUCUUGCAUGAAUACCGGCCAUGGUCCUCCUUAUUACCCUCAGCCAUCACUCGCCAGACCACCGAUAAACCUUUCAAUUGGAAAAAUAGAAAAGGGGGCGCUUAACACUAGGCACAGAGCACUCAGUAAUCUGAUCGCGUCAUAUAUAAUUGGGGUCCACGUGUCCUGGUCCUAUUGAGUACAUGAAAGUGGACGUUGUCUGUUUCCUCUUCCAGUUUCACUGCCAACAAAAUAGCAACCGGUGGCUUUUGUUUAGGUCCUGAAGAAACUAUGUAAUAAUCAAUCAAGAAACGUGUCUCCCUGUUCCUUUCAGAUUCUUGCUAUUGGGUUUCUCUUCGUUCAUCAUUCUUCUUCUUCUUUCUUUCUUCUUCUUUCUUUCUUCUUCUUCUUCGAAAUUGAGUAAAUAAAGGAGAAAGAUCGAGUGAAGAGUGGCAAUACCACAACAUCUCUAAAUUUUAUUGCUUUUCAAGAAAUUACUUCUUUCUCCUUUUUUUCCUUUGCAGAUUUAGAGAUAGAGAGCCUAUAAAAGAAUCCAUGAUAAGGGGUUUUUGUUGUUUCUUUGCUUUUUGUUGAAGGAAGUAUAUGAUAUAUUGCAUAUUAAUUAGGCUUGUGUGUACAUGUGAAUUUUGGAAAAAGUUGGCUGUGAAUAAGGAAAAUCUAUUAAUAUAUAUAUUAUAUCGUCUUAGUAUUGUAUCUAUUGCUGAACUUGGGAGAAAAGAAGAUUUCUAAUACGUAUAGGAAAAGGAGAUGCUUGUAUAAAUCGAUUUGAUUGUCGUAGCCUUUUGGGUAUUUAUAAUAACGAGGAACAAGAAACUCGGUUUGUGUUGGUAUCUAGAAAAGAUUAAAGAUUUGGUGUCGUUUCAGAGAAUGAGAGUGAGGCCAUAAUGGAUUUUUGGCCAGAGUUUCUUGCUAGUAGUUGGGGCAGAGAAUUUGUUGCCGGUGGUUUCGGUGGCAUUGCAGGUAUAAUUUCUGGUUAUCCUCUUGACACUCUACGCAUCAGGCAACAGCAGAACUCGAAUUCUGGCUCUGCCUUGAGCAUCCUCCGCCGCGUUAUCUCUACUGAUGGGCCUGGUGCGCUCUACAGAGGCAUGGGUGCACCUUUGGCAUCAGUCACCUUUCAGAGUAGUCCUGAUAUCGGAUAUGACCUGAGGCGAUUAGGUGUUUGCUUGCAGAAUGCCAUGGUUUUCCAGAUCUAUGCUAUCCUCUCGAGAGCGUUUGACUCGUCUGUUUCAAUUAAUGACCCUCCUUCCUACAAAGGUGUUGCUCUUGGAGGAGUUGGUACAGGAGCUCUACAGAGCUUGAUGCUUACUCCCGUCGAACUAAUAAAGAUUCGCCUUCAGUUGCAAGACAAAAGUCAAUCAAAACCACAUCAAUUAGAUUGUCAUAAAGGUCCAAUGAGUGUUGCCAAAACCAUACUCAGAACAGAAGGUCUGAGAGGAAUUUAUCGAGGCUUCAGUAUCACUGUCCUUAGAGAUGCGCCCUCUCACGGCUUCUACUUCUGGACAUACGAGUACAUGAGAGAGCAGCUUCACCCUGGCUGCAGAAAGAGCGGUCAAGAACGCAUAAGAACAAUGCUGGUUGCAGGAGGACUAGCAGGAGUGGCAAGUUGGGUCUGCUGUUAUCCAUUGGAUGUUUUAAAAACCAGACUACAAGCUCAAACACCAUCUUCCCCACAAAAGUAUAAUGGCAUUCUGGAUUGUUUCCAAAGAAGCAUUACCGAGGAAGGUUACAGGGUGCUCUGGCGUGGUUUGGGAACUGCUGUUGCAAGAGCUUUUGUCGUGAAUGGAGCAGUAUUUUCUGCGUAUGAGAUCGCAUUGAGGUGUUUGUUUAACAAUGGAAGCAUUCAAACAGAGAAUACAAUCUAGGAGAUAUAAAUCUUUCCUAGUUAGGAUGUCUAUCUUUAUUUAUUAUACUCUGAAACAUAAGUCAUGGAAUUGCAUACUGCAAGCAUUCCUUUUCCAUCA